AUGGCAGGAAGUAUUCUGAUAGAAGUGUUUGGAAAGAUAGCAUUUUCUUUCACACGGAGUGUUAUGGAACACUAUCACCCAGAGGAACCAGAGUUUACUAUCGAGUCCUUUGGCUUAAAUCCUUUAGAAAGCACGGGACGAGAAUGGUACUACCGUCCCGUUGACGAGCUUAUUUACCAAGAAUACAGCAACGAAGAGACCACAAGCACGAACCAUUACCAUUACCAUUACCUGGCAGUUAGAGGUAUAAAUGUGAGGCUCAUAAACGCAUGUUCUGUGGAGGAACACGAAGAAAUCCAAGAUGAAAAGCCCGAGGAAAGAGCGAUGGCCUGGAAGCAAUUAAGACCAUCCUUUAUGAAGACAAUUUGUAAAUCAAUGUACAUUGGAGCUCUAAUAUCGCUUAUAACUGCUUCUGUUAUAGGUGCAAUAUACUUGCUGUUCUCUUAUUUCAUGUACAAAACCUUGCUUAGCUGCGCGUUUGUCCCAGAGAGGUUUAUCACGGAAAGCAUGCAGUGGAUUAUUACAGUUUGGGAUCUAACUGUUUCUCUCAUUUUCCAUUUCGGUUUAUUUUGCAAUACUUUAUUUCUUUUCCGCCGACACCAACUACAUGGUCUUAAAAAAAUGCUCUUUCUCAUAUCUUUUGCAAUGUACUGCUUACAUGCACUUUACUGUGUUAUUCUGCAAGCCGUUAAUAAGCCUUAUGCCUGGCUCUCUCCUUUAUAUAGAAUUCCAAUAUACCUAUUCAUUGCCAUGGGACCUUUUCUUCAGCUGUGGUAUCUUGCUAAGAGCUUUGGAGUAAGAUCCGGAAAAAAAAUGAUCAUACACCUUUGUAAACUAAUGCUGCCAGGAUUUUUGACAUACACAAUCGCCUUUGUUGCCAUCUAUUUCGUCUACCCAGCUUAUCAAAAGCAAAAAGGGAAUGGAAAAUUACUAAUUGCAAUUUUUGCUCCUCUGAUUGGGGUUAUAGCGAAAGUUCUUUCGCGAAUUUCUGUUCAGCAGUUAUGGAACAUCACUCAUCCAGGAUAUUCUUAUGUCUUAUUGGUGCCAUUGUAUUUUGGUGCCGCCGUCGUGUGUCGACUUUUACAAGCUGAACUUGACGGUUUGCUCUACAUCGUAGUGCUUGGAGUGAUUCACGGAAUCACGGAAGUUGUGGAGCGCAGCACAAUGGUGCUUAUCGAUCAUUUUUGUCAUCAGCUUUGGAAAAGAAAAUCAGCUCCAUGGGGAAGCUUUCGAACCCCUCGCCGCGAGAGGCUCAUGGCCGACAUCGCCAUCAUCAGCAUGAUGUUUGAGUCUAUUGCCAUAGUUUCUGUAAACGGCUUUUUAUUUUUCUAUCAGUUCAUCUAUUUACUAAACGAUUCCUUUUCAAACCUGAUCCUGUCGCUGGUUAUUUAUACUACUGUUCCACUGGUUAUUGAGUGGUUUUUCACAAGUGUGUCUCUUGCGAUUGAAACACGUUAUCAGAACAUGCCAGUCAUGGCUGUUUGGCGAUGGCAGUGGAAAAGGCACGUUUUGGUAGCAGUAGUAAAUGCAAUUCUAUUGUCCGCCUGGUCCAGUGGUAAUCUUUUAAACGCGGUUAGUAGUGAAUUCAUCCAACAACGCCCUAAAUUGAACCGUACUUGCAAAAUGUGAUUUCCGUAAAUUUCUGAAAAUAAGAAAAACGUUCUAGCAAUCCAUAAACGAAAACUUUCAACCAAAUACUGUUUCCCAUUUUUCUACGGAACAAAGCUACCUGUACAAGUUACGUAAAUAUAUGAAGAAAGGCAGUAAAAUUUCAGGAUGUGUUGAUUGUAAAAAGAAAGAUGUUGGAUUCCUCAGUAGCGCGUGAUAAACAGCC